AGCGUUUAUGGAAUACAUGAACCGUAUAUAAAGAUGUUGAUCGUCAGUAAGAUAAAAGGAAAAGCAUGCAUGUGGUUGCAUGCAGAUCCUGAACGUGUAUUGCUACCAACAGAGCAGUUGGCGGCUGAGCUUAUAUCAAUGUUUGGUGAGAGGAAGUCGAAGUUAGAAGCAAGGCGAAAAUUUGAGGAACGAAAAUGGACAGCGGGCGAAAGCUUUGUUGCUUAUGCAGACGAUAAGGUGAUGCUUGCAAAUGGGAUACAAAUGGAUGAUGAAGAAUUGGUGGCUCUCCUCAUUGAAGGUAUUCCGAAUCAAAUGCUACGUAACCAAGCCCGUAUCCAAUGCUUUGAAGAUAUCCAGCACAUAAAGCGGGCAUUUGCGGAAGUGAAACUUCCGAAAAUGGAUGAAGCAGACAAGAAGGUGGCAUCGGUGAACAAUAAUAACAGCACACUCUUGCGUUGUUUCAAUUGCAAUUCGAAGGGACACUGGGCCAAAGAGUGCAGGAAGCCAAAGCGCGAAAAAGGGUCAUGCUAUGCCUGUGGUGAGAUGGGGCACUUUGCAGCAAAGUGCCUGAAAAACAAGAAUGGGGAUGAAAACAAUUAUCAUGCCUCAUAGACACGGGAAGCCCCAUUUCGUUUAUAAAAAUUAGUAAAGUACCUAAAGAUGUUAUUGAAGUACCAGUUUUAAGUUCAUUUUACGGAUUAAACAAAAGUUCCUUGAAAACAUAUGGAAAAAUAUUGUGUUACGUUAUGAAAAAUUUGAAUAAAAUACACUUUAAUUUAAUAAUAGUGGCAAACGAGUCUAUGAGUCAUGAUGUAGUAUUGGGAAGAGACUUUAUGGAAGCAUGCAACUUAUGCUUGAAUCUGGACACCUUGAAAAUGAUUACAGUGGAUAAAAUUGAAAGUCGAUGUAACAAGAAAAGCGAUAAAAUGUUAGAAGAAA